AUAAGCUAGUGUAUUUUAUCCUCUCAACUAGACUCUCUCAUUCACUACUACGCGACCCUCAACCACCAAGAGUGUCAUUUAAUCAUACAUAGAUCAUUACAUCACUAUUUCACACUAGUAUUAGUCGUCUCUCAACCUCAAAUUCAUCAAAUUAAAGAUUACCAAUUACAAAAACUUGAGGUGUUAGCUCUAGGCAAGUUAAGACUCUUUGCUUAGUCUCUUUCCCUAAAUUAAACAAUAAAAUAUAAUUUAUAUAUUUAAUUAUUAAUGGCAAACGUAAUUAAUUUUGUAUUUGCUAAUACCGAUUGGGAUACCGAAAUAUUUAGGGAUUGGGAUACCGAAAUUAUUUAGGGAUUGGGAUUGGGAUUGAUUUCAGAGUGUAAUUCGGUAUUCGAGAUUUCGAUAUUUGGUAUUGGGAUACCGAUAUCGUACCGAUUUCCACCCCUAAUUCUACUACAACUCAUUGUUAGCCAUGAUGCUAACUACUAAACCCCUAUAGUUAGCAAGCUAACCCAUUCAAGUAUUGUGUUAGAUUAUAGUGCAUGUUGUAAGACUUUUUCUGAUUAUAGUAGUUUCUCUUUAUCUCCGGUCCAAAAGCAAACCAAGAUAUUCACAUUUUCAACAAUCAACUAUAGUUGUUAACUCAAUAAACUCUUCCGGACCAACGAUUUUUUUAUGUGGUAUGAUGUUGGUAUGAGUAAGCUAGCAUGAAGUCUUAUUUCCGAUACUUCUUUUAUGUCAUCGUACAACUAUCAUGAUAUUGUUAACUUCUCUUAGCCUAGUGAGAUCGAAACAAAGAAUGAUCGGAACAGGAACAGAAACAGAAAUCACACAGGUAUUUACGUGAUUUCCUUGAUCGGUGUGAUCAACACUAGUACACGGCCGAAGCACUCAACAAUUGUAUUAUCUUAGAAGCUGUGAUCGAGGAAGCCCCGCCCAAUAGUGCCUCUACUCUACAAGUCCUAGUACGUCAUAGACAACCUGACCACCUCUUUCAGUUCUUUUAGUGGUCUAAAGAAGAUAAAUCAAGUCUGAUGUCUCCUGCAUUGUCGCCGAGCGGAAGAAAGUGGCAUGGAAUUAUAUGUCCUGCCCCGAAAUAAGGCGUCUUUCUCCCGACAUAGUUCAGGAUUACAACAUAUAUAUGUUUCUCUAACCCUAGCCGAGAUAGGGAAGGAGAUCGGCUAAGUUUCCAUGAGCAAGACUAGGCCUAAACUACUAUGUACAAACUAUUGAAUGGGCUUAAGCCAACGUACAUGUAAAUGACACAACUUAACAGCCUCCCCCAAAUUGAUGGAGGUCUUGCAUCAUCAAUUUGCUAGCAAGAUAUGUGUGUCGACUAGUAGUGAAUGCCUUAGUCAGAAUGUUUGCAAUCUGAUCCUCAGACUUAACAUAGAAAAUCCGGAUAACCCCGUCACGUACCAAAUCUCGAAUAUAAUGAACGUGAACCUCGAUAUGCUUGGUACGAUCAUGAAGCACGAGAUUUAUAGCAAUCCUGAUAGCAUUGGUGUUAUCAACAUAAAGCUCCAUAGGAAUGGAGCAGGUCACACCAAGAUCACCAAGAAAAAGCCGAAGCCACUCCAACUCUGCACCACAUCAGACAUAGCUCGAUACUCUGCUUCAGUCGACGACUUAGAAACCUGAUCCUGUUUCUUACAUCUCCAAGAAAUGAAAGAACUACCGAGACGAACAUACCAACCUCUCGUAGACCGGCGAGUAUCCACACACCCAGCGUAAUCAGAGUCAGAGAAGGCCUAUAGAACAAGUGGACCCGAGACAGGAAGGAAUAAACCAACUUCUCGAGUGCCCUAGAGAUAACGCAGUAGGCGAUGAACAACAUCCAAAUGAUCUAUUGUGGGAGCAGACAUGAACUGGCUGAUAAUCUGAACUGCAUAGGCAAUAUCCGAAUGAGUCGACGUAAGAUAUAUGAGACUAUCCACAAUACUACAAUACUGAUUCACCCCCAUUAGCCAAAAGAUCACCACUCUCUUUCCCCGACUUCACUUUAAGCUCCAUCGGGGUAGAAACUGGAACACAGUCCGCAAAACGCGCAAACUCCAAAAGAUCGUCAAUAUACUUCUUUUGGCUGAGAAGAAUACCAUCACGAGACCGCUGAACCUCCAAUCCCAAAAAAUAAGAAAGCGAACCAAGCUCUUUAAGAGUGAAUGACUCUUGUAAGCCCUACGUUAGCGCCUUAAUCCCAUCUUCAUCAUCACCACUCACAAUCAUAUCAUCGAUAUAGAGGAGAAGAACCACUAUACCUCUGGAAGACCGAGGAGCAAACAAGGAAGGAUCAUUCAAACUCUGCUGAACCCAGACGUAAGACACUAGACUGAAACAUACCAAACCACGCCCGAGGAGCCUGCUUGAGGCCAUACAGAGACCUAUGAAGCAAGCAUAUUGGAUCCGGAUCGGUAUUAGGAAUGUACCCCAGUGGAAGCUCCAUAUAAACUUUCUCCUUAAGAUCACCAUGCAAGAAGGCGUUUUUAACAUCCAGCUGUAGAGAGGCCACUGCGAGAAGUGAACGAACAUACACCAUCUUCUCCACAGGAGCAAAAGUUUCAUCAAAGUCAACACCAUACUCCUAAAUGAACCCCUGAACCACGACACGUGCCUUGAAUCGCUCCAAAGACCCAUCAGGAAGAAACUUAAGGGCAUAAACCCAACGAGAGCCCACAACGCCGAUCCAGAGGAUGAGGGACAAUAACCCACGUCUGAUUAGCGGCAAGAGAAGUCUUCUCCCCAGUCAUGGCACGUUCCCAUUAUGGAUCUCCUUUCGCCUGAGAGUACCUGAUAGGAACAAAAAAGGAAUCCACACCAUAAGAAACAUAGUCAUGUUGACGACGAGGAGGAAUGCCUAAGGUAGAGCGAUUGGAGCGUCGCACCGGAAGCGGAGACGGGGGCGGAGGCGGCAAUGGUGUCAAUGGCGGGGAGGGAGGCCGGCUAGCAUCAGGCAGCAGGUCAUGAGCAUCAUCAGCAUCGACAUCAUCAGGGAUAGAUGAAAAACAAAGGGAAAGGUCAAACAAGGGAGUAUAGUGGAUCCUUUCAUCAAGUUAUUUUUGAAGCUGCAGACUCUGAAAAAAGGGUUAAAAGAGCUUAAUCGAACAUAUUAUUCGAAUAUCCAUGCGCGUGCUAGGGAGGCUCAGCUUUUACUGGCUGAAGCACAUGCUUAGGUACUUGAUCGACCAACAUCAGAGAAUGUGGAGAAGGAACUAGAACUAGCUAAAACUUGUUUUGAGGCUCAAGCUGCGGAGGAAAGUUUUUAUAGGUAGAAGUCGAGAGCUCACUAUGUAAAGGAAGGAGAUGCCAACACACCAUUCUUUCAUACUUCUGCAAAGAUAAGGAACACAACAAAAGGCAAACAAUUGAUCACCUACUAUCUGAUGAGGGACGUGUGAAUCGCUACGACACAACACCAAACUACGACCAAGUGUAAUUGUAGAAUGGUAAUGCAGUAUAGUGGGAUCAAGUACUAAAAGUCAAUCCGAGGC